AACGCUGUAACAGAAAACCCUACCGGUUUCCGUUUCCGGUACUAAACGUCAACAACACUGAAAGACGAAUAGGAGAAAUUCCAUUCCUGUUGUACGACCGCUCGUUCAAUCUUCAAUUUGCUAUGCUCUGUCUAAUCUCUAAUUUGCAUCCCAAGAGUUGUCAGACUAACGAGGCAUCUGUUCUGUGAAGUGCUCAGUUUUGAGCCACUACUAGCACUACAGCAUCGGUGCUCCCCUGCACUGAGCCAUCACCAUGGAGACGGACACAGAGGUUAUUCCUAUAUGGCAGAACAAGCCUCAUGGAUCCACUCGAAGUGUUGUGAGAAGAAUAGGCUCAACUCUUCCACUCAGACCUCCGCAACGAGCAUGUUUUCAGGAACUGCCAGGUCUACCCUCUCUUCGCCCUAUGGACGGCCCACUGGUUCCCACCUUAGCAGAUAUUGCCUGGAUUGUUGCAGAUGAAGAGGAGACGUAUGCCAGAGUGCGGAGUGACGCUCGACCCCUUAAGCACGAAUGGAGGCCCACGCCUCUCCUGGUGCUCCACAGGAACUCAUCCGUACCCAACUUCCGGCGUGAGGGAAAGCGAGUGGAAGGGCUGAAGAAGCCCGGGGUGACGGCGCUCAACCGCACCACCGCCCUGCAGGAUGAGCUAGGCAGGCUCCGAGCACAAAUUGCAAAGAUUGUGGCCGGUGAUACUGGCUCCAACCCCUUAACCCCGGACCUUCUUUCUCCCGACGACACCACCAUGAGCUUCUCUAUGGCGCCCUUCGAGACCGCCCCUUAUCAACAGGCCACUACGGCAGCCGCCUCCUUUGUCAUCAGCGAUGUCACCGAAGAAGAAGAAGAGGAGGAGGAUGAUGAAGAAGAAGACAAUGACAAGGACAUGGUAUCCGUGGUGUCCGAGCUGGUCCCCGACCCAAUGCCGCCGGUCUCAAUGACGGCGUCGGCGACUUUCGGCCUGGACAGGCCCAGCAUGGACUACCGCGAGGCGGAGGAGGACACGGUGUCACUGUCCAAGUCCACCAGCUUUGCAGAUGUUAUGGACAUCCUGAAGGACAUGAACCGCAUGAAGAUGAGCAAAGACAGGUACAACAGAGGCUGCACGUCUUUGAGAGAGGAGGAUUCGGCCUCUCUCAUCUCGGAAGCUCUGAGAAAAAAGUUUGUCUUGAAGGAAGAAGACACCUUGUCCAUGAAGCGGAAGUAGCCUGCCUUCCCUCGUUCAUUCUCACCAUACUACUCCGCGCCUUUCCCAUGAACUGUCAUGGACCACAACCUCGCUCCUCAGACCUCAGUGCAAUAGCUGCCUGCCAGAGUUAGAAACAAAACAAAUGUGAACUUUCAGAACUGUAUCACAUAUUUUUUUUCCACGUUUCAAUGUGUUCUUAACAGACUGGUUCAUCUGAGGAUGGACUAAAUGGACCUUUUAGGAAGCGUUUUUUAACCCUCCAGGUUUAAAAAUGAGCCUUUUUGCAUUUUGUUUUAAAGGUUUUUAAUGAGGAAUUUCAGUUGUAUACCGCACUUGAAACACCUUGUGUUUAUACAAGCUAUAUUACGAUUUAAAGUGUGUGGCAACAUUAGCUCGUGUGAAUAUAUUUCAGUAUGCAACAGAUUUAAGCUUGUGCCAGCCUAUUAGGUGAAGAAAAGUCAGCUGUAUGUGUGUUUUACAUAACUCGAUGGCAGUGGUUUGAACAUUUUUCACCAAGUAACACUUUAGAAAACAUUUGGCUCUUUAAGUACCACCGUGUUGACCAACAUUAAAAUACAGUACCAAAGUAGCUCUAAAUAUUCAUUAAAAACAAGGCUUAGGGUUUAGUAUAUUUAAUAUUUUGGCCACUGUCACAUUACACACAGUAACACUGUUUGAAUAUAGGAGAAUACAACACUGUACUUAAUAAUUCAAAUGAAAAUGAUUGCAAAUAAUUAGGUGAUUCUUUGGCGUACCACUAGAUAGAGCCUGUGUUCCACAGUUUGAGGAUCACUGCUCUAUAGGAACCUGCCAGUUUGAAGGAAUAUUCCUAAUGACGCCUUACCGUCAUUUGCCUGAUUUUACUCUCCCAACUGUGCCAUUUUGAGUUUUUUCAACCCACCCCGUGUUGCCUAACAUUUUGGGUUCCCUUUGAUUUCGCAAAAUGUCAUCAGCUUGCUUACUAUUGGAAAGACACAAAUAAUACCUUUAUUUUGAAGGGCAAAUAAACUUAACAUAAAUUACUUUUUA